ACCCAUGAUUUCCUGACACUCGGCAAGCUGGAGGAAGCAAGGGGAAAAAACUCCAUUAAAAAGCCCAGCUUUCCUCCAUGUUAGAUGUGACUUGGAAAAUGAGAAAGAUUUAGCAAAAUUCCACUGUGUCUUUUGCCAGGCUAAAGACGGGGAGAGCAGAGUAAAACCCUCAGGCUGCUGAAAUUUCUAGGCUGUUAGGAAGCCCCUCGAAUUCUGUGAAAAUGAGGGUUUCUUAAGUCACACUGAGAGCGGAAAGGGGCAGACCCUUUUCAUAACUCCCUCAAGUGUGUGUUACCUUUCUUUACCAGCAUGGUAAGCAACAGGGCAUAUCCCAGCCUCGGACAUGUCUGUAUGAUCCAAGGUACCCAAAGUCAGACAGAGUAAACUCAAGCCUGGCACUGGCUUUCCGCCGCUUCAUGUGCUUUGGAAGAAGCAGGAGAAGCAAUAGCAGCAGGAGUCCCCAGCAGCUGGAGCCGCAAGAAUGAACUGCAAAGAGGGAACUGACAGCAGCUGCGGCUGCAGGGGCAACGACGAGAAGAAGAUGUUGAAGUGUGUGGUAGUGGGGGACGGUGCUGUGGGGAAAACCUGCCUGCUGAUGAGCUAUGCCAACGACGCCUUCCCAGAGGAAUACGUGCCCACUGUGUUUGACCACUAUGCAGUUACUGUGACCGUGGGAGGCAAGCAACACUUGCUCGGACUGUAUGACACCGCGGGACAGGAGGACUACAACCAGCUGAGGCCACUCUCCUACCCCAACACGGAUGUGUUUUUGAUCUGCUUCUCUGUCGUAAACCCUGCCUCUUACCACAAUGUCCAGGAGGAAUGGGUCCCCGAGCUCAAGGACUGCAUGCCUCACGUGCCUUAUGUCCUCAUAGGGACCCAGAUUGAUCUCCGUGAUGACCCAAAAACCUUGGCCCGUUUGCUGUAUAUGAAAGAGAAACCUCUCACUUACGAGCAUGGUGUGAAGCUCGCAAAAGCGAUCGGAGCACAGUGCUACUUGGAAUGCUCAGCUCUGACUCAGAAAGGUCUCAAAGCGGUUUUUGAUGAAGCAAUCCUCACCAUUUUCCACCCCAAGAAAAAGAAGAAACGCUGUUCUGAGGGUCACAGCUGCUGUUCAAUUAUCUGAGGUUGUCUGGGACCUGCCUCCACCCCAUCCAGGGAUGAGAAUGGCAGCCAAUCUCCGCGGCCAAACUCCAGCCAAAAAGGAGGGCAUGACCAGAAAGGAAUUCCCUUUGCACGGAGGCUUGCCCCGCCACCCUGUGAGCCCUCCCAACACAGCACACUAGUCAGCCCACUGCCACGACCUCCCUGCCAGCCAGAAGCAUCCAUACUGCACACUAUCUGAGAAUGCUGGGCCUGGAUUGCAGACAGUGCCGCUGCUAAUCAUAUCAAAAACAAAGUCAAAGGCCAUCUUACAUUUUACAAAUCCCCAGCUCAUGAACGUGAAGCUGAUAGGAAAUCACCCCAGGGAACCCGAAAAAGAAACUUGGUUCCUCUAUUGGUGGCCUUACUUGAUGUCUUUUACAAAACUUGGGGCUACAAUACUAACCUUCUUUUCUGAAUCUGCUGUUCUACCCAUGUGUCUCACAUUCAUUUGUAUUAUUUCAAGAAAUGUACUAAUUUCCAGUUCACUCAGGCCUUACAAAUCCAUACCAAAUUAGCCUAAAGACAAGGCAUUUUAUAUUCAUUUCUAUUUUCAGCAUGUUUCUACCAAAGCUAUUAGAACCAACACGUACCUCUGAAUGCCUGAUUACAAGAAGACACGAGAAGACUUUAAAAGUUUUGGAAAUUUACAGAGCCGUGAUUUUUGAACCUGACUGAAAGAAAACCAUCUGAAUUGUUCCAGGUCCACAUUUUUGCCAAAGAUGCACUCUACAAAUGCUUAGUAGUGGCCUGAUUUUUUUCCAUGUUAUAUUGCCACAACAAACUAAAAAUGAACUAUGUUUCAGAAUGUAGUAUUUCUGUUUUUCAUCCAAGUUGAUUGGGGGAAGAAUGUGGCAGGAUCCAUCUUCUACAGUAUUGUGUGUUCAGUAAAGUGGACAUUCCUGCUCCUCCCUUCCCCCAUUGCAUGCCCUCUUCCUCCCUUGAUUUCACUUUCUCUCAUGCCCGGAUCCCUUUAUUCUCUCCAGUUAUAACCCAGUUAUAAAAGAAAGAUCUGAGCAUAAAAAUAUGUGUUUAAAAAUACCUAAAAGUAAAGGAAAGUGCUUUAAUUUUUCUAUUUGCUUCAACUGAAAGUGCUUCUCAGCUCGCCCCAUGUAAGUUCUCAUUCCAUGUAAAUGACAUUUUCCAGUUACAACUGAUACUGAGAUACUGCCUCUCUCUUUCCUUACUCAUCCUCCCAAAUGUCUUUGUGGAAGCCAUAUCAGUGGAUACCAAGCUCUGUAUCCAUUUGUCCCCUGCCCUCCACAAUGGGUGACAUAGAACAGGGAAUUUGGCCCUGGGAAAGCAAAAGCUCCCAGUAAGGAAUCCUGUGCCCAAUCAUGUACAGCAAUUCCAAACAUCUAGGAAUUUUUGUAUCAUAGAGCAAAUUACUUCCUAUCUUUUCAUUAGAGGCUAUGAGGGCUUCUAAUUAGUCUUAGUUGCUUGUAAGUGCCCUGGAAUCACCCAGGUAGACACUUAAUUUUUUUUCAAUUGCAUGAGCAAAGUGCUUCUUAGUAGUAUGAAAUUACAACAAUUUUAGUUUAAGACUUUCCAGAUUCAAGCUCCCACUGUUGGAAAAAGUCAGCCUUUCUAAUCUCUUCUGCUACUGAAGGAAGCGCUUAAGAAUUGUGUGAUAGCCAGGCACCAUGGCUCAUGCCUGUAAUCCCAACACUUAGAGAGGCUGAGGUGGGUGGACCACUUGAGCUCAGGAGUUUGAGACCAGCCUGGGUAAUAUAGUGAGACCCUGUGUCUCUAUAAAAAAUUAAAAAUUAGUCAGUUGUAGUGACACACACCUAUAGUCCCAGCUACUCAGGAGGCUGAGAUGGAAGGAUCACUUGAGCCCAGAAGGUAAGGCUGCAGUGAGCUGUGACUGUGCCACUACACUCCAGCCUUGGUGACAGAGCAAGAACCUGUCUCAAAAAAAAAAAAAAAAAAAAAAAACCUACAUUUCAAGUACUAUUUCCCUUCUCUCCCAUCUAAUUGCUAAACAUUUUCUUUCAUAAGCACACACUCCAAUGACUGGAAAAACGGGAGUUUUAAGUCAAAGCUUGACAUUUAGAGAAAACAAGGACUUUCUGACUUUCUAAAUGGAAAUCAACUGUGUAUGAACUAUAACUCUGCAGAGGUUAUGAAUUCAUCCUUUACAAACAAUAAUGAACUUUUAGUCCUGUAAUAAAUGAAAUGUUAUUAGGCAGCUUUGUUGCAUGAUUGCAUAGUUACAUCUUGCUAAUGGGCCACUCAUUUCUCAUUGAUGUGGAUGAAAAAAUGAGAGCAGUAUGUUUCCAGGUGUGUGCACUCAACAGGCAAAUAGCUCCCGAGGUCACUGUUUCCCUAAUGGGCCACAGGAAGUAAGUUGAUCAUGAUGGGGCGAUCACUCUGUCACCCAGAACCAGUAACUGGAUAGAGACUGUUGUUAGUGUCUGGGUAGAGCACAGGCUCCCAGGGGUCUUAAGAGCUAAUUACUGAAUAAAACAAUCUAGAACAAAGCAACCUAAAUAAGUUAAUGUCAUUCUGCCAACUUAAUCAGUUAUUCCUUGUUUCAUGGCAAGAUC